AUGAACCCAUACGGAAUCGCUUUCAGUCCUGAGCGGACGAUAGACUGGCACAGUGUGCAAUUUGCUGAAUACGGCCAGGUUGAGACUCAGGACUUUUCCAACAUACAGUAUUUCCACCCUUCGGACGAGGAGGACGACGAAGAGCAAGACGACGAUGAAGAAGGCAGCAAUGGCGAGAAGAAGGAGAAGGGAAAUGGUGUGAAACACCACCACAUCUCUCUCCAGAACAAGCGCGCCGAAAAAGCGAGGAAGAAGGCAGCCAAGAAAGCUGCAAAAGCCGCCAAGGCCGAAGAGGAGUCCGCCUCUCCCGAACCGGAGACAGAAACCCAACCCGAAGACGCCGAUGCCGAUGCCGAUGUAGAGACGACAUCUUCAGGCAAAAAGAAAGGCAAGAGCAAGAAGAAAAAAGACAAAGGCAAAGGCAAGAACUCGAAAAAUGCCAAAGAGUCACCCAAGGAGCAGUCGAAAAAAGCAUCCAAAUCCGAGCCCACUGCAGCGGAGGCGCCGGCCGCAGAGGAGACGAAAGAUGCCGCUCCAUCAGACGAACCCGAACCAAAGGCCGAGGAGACUCCCAAAGCACCGGAGCCGGAGCCCUCCACCGCAGCAGAGGCCUCUGAGAGCAAGCCUGAGGAUGCCCCUACCGCCGAAGAGCCCGCCCCUGAAGAGCCCGGGCCUAAGGAAGAGGCGCCUGCUGCCGAAGAGCCCCAGGAGAAACCCGACAGCGAACCAGCCCCUGAAGAGGCCCCAGCUGCUGAGCAGCCUCCCGCGGAGGCGUCCGAAAGCAAAGAGGACGAGAAACCGGCUGAUCCAGAACCUGAACCAGAGGCGCCAGUUGUAGCCGAGGAGAAGGCCGCCGAGGAAGCACCAGCGGAAGAGAAACCUGCCGACGCACCGGCGGAGGAACAGCCCGCUGCAGCACCCGAGGCAGCGUCUGAGCCGGAAAAGGCCCCUGAGCCUGAACCCGCGGCUGAGAACGAACCCAAGGCCGAUGAGACGCCGGCAGAGGCCGCUACGGAAGCCGUCUCGGAGGCUGUCUCCGAAGCAAAGGAGGCUGAGACACCUCCCGAGGCGGAGGCGGAGGCAGAGACGAAGCCGGCAGAAGAGGCAACACCGGGGCCCGCUCCUGAAGCUGCCGAACCUGCAGAGUCAAAGGAGAGCGCCGAAGCUACGGCUCAAGCUACGGCCUCGGAGCAAGCACCCACAGAGGAGACUUGUGCCCCUGAGGCCUCUGCUGAGGAGCCAGCGGCUGAAGCAGCUCCUGCAGUGGAGGAGGCCAAGCCAGCCGAAGAUGCACCUGCACCUGCCGCUGACCCACCAGCUGAGGAAGCUGCACCAGCUGAGCCAGCUGCUGUUGAGGAACCAGCUCCAGAUCCGCCGGCAGCAGAGGAGGCGCCUGAUAAGCCUCCAGAAGAAGUCACCGAAGCCAAACAGGCCGAGGAGACGCCUGCCGAUGACAAUGCGGAGAAGGUGGAGGAUGCACCGGCCAAGCCCGCCGCAGAUCCAGAGCCGGUCGCCAAGCCCGAGGAAGGAACCUCCGAGGCAAAGGAGGAGCCAGCCCCUCAUACUGCAGAUGCGACGGAAGAAGCGGCCCCGGAUAAGACCGACCCCGUCGAAGAGCCGGCCCCCGACACUGCCACAACCGAGGAAGAGGGCAAACCCGACCCUCCUGAAGAGGAAAAGCCGGCCGAGGCUGAGACGGCAGAGACGGCGGAGCCAGAGAAGGCUGCAGCUGAGCCAGAGUCAAAGGCUGACGACGCCGGUCCGGCUGCUCCAGCUGAUACGCCGGAGGAACAGCCUGCUGCUGAAGAAGCCGAGCCAGCUGAGGAGUCCAAGCCUAACGAGGAGACGGCCGAGCCUGAUGCCGACAAAGAUAAAGAAGACGCCACAGCCCCGCCAAGUGAGCCCGCUGAGGAAGAGUCGGCUCCAGCCCCGGAAGACGCGCCCACAGAGGAAGGCACCUCGAAGCCUGAAGGUACCGAGACUACCACCGAGGCUGUGGCUGUCGCGGAAGAGGCCACCGAGACCACCACCGAGACGACGGAACCUCCAGAAGAGACUGAAGUCACAGCCGCCGCUGCCUCCGCAGUUGAGGAAGACAGCAAGGAAUCCGCCCCCGACGACUCGGCUCCCGCACCAGCUGAACCUACCGAGGAGCCCAAGUCACCAACCUCGGAAAAGCACGUCCGUUUCGUAGAAGGCCAUGAAGAAAUCACCGAAGCUGCGACGGCCGGAGAAACCGCAACCCAACCCGAGCCUGAGGAGUCUGCCGCGCAAAAUGAAGAGGCAGUUGAGGAGAAGCCAGCCCCGGAGGAGCCAGAAGCAGCCAGAGCAGACACAACUCCACCUGCAGAAGAGCCUGCCUCGACCGAAGAGGCGAGUCCUGCCGACGACGCUCAGGCCAAAGAUGAGGCUGCCGAGGCUGCCACUGAGGAAGCAGCCGCAAAGCCUGAGGAGGCAGAGGCGAAGGCAGAAGAGGCUGCUGAGCCUGUCGAGGAAGCCAAACCUCAAGAGGAUCCAGCUCCAGCCGAGGCUGAUGCUCAGGAAGAGACAACUAAGCCCGACGAUGCUGUUGUGGCAGAGGCAUCUGAGAAAUCUGAAGAGGCUGAGGCCGAAGCCAAGGCUGAAGAGACUGCCGAAGCUGAGAAAACUGAGCCCGCUGAAGAGACAAAGGCUGCCGAGACUCCGGCUGAGGCUCCGGCUGAGGCUGCCGCCUCCGAGCCCUCGGCCGAGGAACAGACUGCAGACAAACCCGCUGAAGUAGCUGAGGUUACGGGGCCGACCGAGCCCAAAGAGGACAACGCUGAGAAGCCCGCUGAGCCCGCUGAGCCGGAAGCCCCUGCCGACCCGGAGCCUGAGAAGCAGGAAGCAGUGGCGAGUGAACCUGAGCCAGCUGCCGAUGCACCAGCGCCUACUGAUGACACACCAAAGGACGAUGACAACAAAUCGGAAGAGGCAGCCAGCGCCGAGACUGCUGAGGUUAAGGCGACAGUCGAACCGGCUGAAGAUGAAUCGAAACCUGAGGAGGCCGCUGGGGAGUCAAAGCCUGAGGAGGCGGAAGCAGCCGAGACCAAAGCAAAUGACGAAGCGCCUCCAAUGGAAGACGACAAGGCAGCUGACGACAAGCCUGAGGUGGCAGCAGCGGCUAAAGCUGAUGGAGCCGACGCACCCGCACCUGUAGAGGAGUCUGCGCCUGCCGUAGAACCUGCACCGGCCGUGGACAGCCCGUCCGCCGACGAAGCCAAGCCAGCUGACGACACCACUGCUGAAGAGAGCAAAGCAGACGAAAAGACACCGGCCGAAGAGUCGACACCUGCACCAGAACAACCUGCUGAGGAAGCGAAACCAGCUGACGAUGCUCCGCCCGAGGCAGAAAAAGCCCCGGAAUCGAGCGACGACACCGCCGAGGCUGGCCCGCCGGCCGAGGAGGCUCCGCCUGCCGAAGACAAGCCCAAAGAAGAAGCAGAAGAAACUGCGGCUGAGGAAGUCAAGGCAGUCGAGGACGGCAAGCCUGCCGAAGAGAGUAAGGCCGACGAACCCGCGCCAGCUGAAGAGCUUCCUGCCGCUGAAGAAGAUAAACCAGCCGAGGCUGAGGUCGAAGAAAGUGAGUCCAAAGAUGCACCGACUGAAGAGAGCCAACCCGAAGCGGAGAAGGCUGGAGAUGAAGCACCACCAGCCCCCGAUGCCGCUCAAGAAGAUGGCCCCAAGGCAGAGACAGCCACUGAAGCAGCGCCGACGGAGAAACCUGCCACCGAGACUGCUGAAGCGCCGGCUGCCGAGAGUGCUGAGGCACCGGCUGCCGAUGCUGUUGAGGAGCCGGUCACCGAGAAUGCUGAGGAACCGGCUCCUGAGGCAACGGUCGAAGAAUCUGCGAAGCCAGAUGCAGUCGAAGAGGCGGUCGAUGCUGCCCAAGAAGCGGCUGUGGUUGAGGAUGUAAAAGAGGAGGGUGAGAAGCUCGAAGGCGCUGCUGAGCCGACCGAGACAGCGCCGCCGGCCGAAGAAGAGAAAGCGGCACCCGAGGAAACGUCAGUGGCGGCCGAAGAGGCACCCGCUGAAGAAGAGAAGGCGGCCGAGGAAGAGAAGCCUGUUGAGGAAGAGAAGCCCGCAGUUGAGGAGGCUGUGGCUGUGGCCGAGGAAACACCUGCUGAAGAUGCUAACGAUCCGGCUCCAGAAGCAGAAGAGACCAAAGAGGAGCCACCAGCUACCGACGAUGCUCCAGCGGACGAACCACCCGCUGAAGCACCAGCUCCGGAAGAACCAGCAGCCGAAGAACCAGCUCCCACCGAAGCACCCGAAGAACCCACCAAGGAGGAGCCAGGUGCCGAGGAAGCAAAGGCAGAAGAGGCGACACCUGAGGAGCCGGCCGCUGAAGCUGAGCCUCCUGCUGCCGAAGCUGCGACCGAACCCGCACCUGCUGAGCCUGCGGCUGAGGAGGCACCUGUGGAAGAGCAACUCGACACCGUGGUGGCUGCUGUCGCAGCGGAAGAUGCCGCCGCUGAACCUGAGAAGGUCGAAGAGCCAGCUGCCACAGACGAUGCCGAGGAGCCUGUCGUCAAUGAGCCUGCCGCCAAGGAGCCAGAGCCAGAAGCAGCCGCAGAAGAGCCAGCAACAGAAGAGCCAGCCGCAGAACCCGCCACCGAGGAACCUGCUCCAGCACCUGAGGAGCCGGCUGCCGAAGAGCCUGCCCCGGCAGAGCCCACUCCGGAGGCACCAGCCGAGGAAACACCGGCUCCGGAACCGACAGCCGAGGAGGCCCCGGCCGAAGAGCCAGCAGCGGCAGAGGCUGCUCCCGAGGAGCCCACCGCAGAAGCAGCCAAAGAACUUCCUACGGAGGAGACCAAGGCUGCAGAGGAAGACAAAGCCGCUCCGCCAGAGGAGGAGGAAGCCAAAGAUACCAUUGGACCGAUCCCGGGUGAACCAAAGGCUGCCGAGAAGCGCAGUAAAGGUGAGGUACUUCCAGCGUUGCUUGAGAGUCCAGUAGUGGAGGAGGGAGGGGAUACAUUGGGUACAUCACAUCCUAUGGAGGCGAGCCUGCCUGAAGAUUCUCAUUCGGCACUUGGGCAUGCCGAUAUCGAGGCUACCGAGACAGAGUUGGAGAACCACGCCAACGCAGUCGUGCAGACCUCCACUGGCGAUGACGAUCAGACUGCCGAAGCACCGUCAGAUGUCAUACAGUCAGUAUCUGACACUGGGGACACCCAGAAGCCCAGCAGUCAACUCGUCGAGGCGCCUUCAGGAGACCUGUGCGAUCAAGAUGACUACGUGCUGGUAGAGCGAGAGGCAGAACCCGAGGAACUACCAUCACAGACUCGGGACUCGCCUGCUCCGGCUUUGGAUGAUUCCCCUGUCGAAGUUGAGCACGAAACUUUGCAAACUGUCGAAUCAGUCGAACAAAGUGAUGCCUCGCAACUUCAUGAUGAGGAAGCACCGCUGAGAGUCGACUACAAGGAGAGCGAAUCUUCACAGAACACAAAGGCUACCGAAGCACUGUCAGCUGCCGAAGACCUGUCAGUCGACGAUCAAUCAACCAAAAGCAUUGGAAUUGACAAGGCUGUGGCUUCUGAAAACCUCCCAACCGGUCCGGAUGCUCUAGUCGCUGAGGAUUCCUCAGCUUCCCCACACGAGGCAGUUGAGCAAGACACUCCGACUGAGGUGGCUUCUUCAAACGUCCAAGAAGCAUCGAUUGAAGAUAUCGCUCCUAUCACAAAGGAUGCCAUAGUCGACGAGGAUGCUCAAGCGCCCGAAGAGAGCCCAGCUGUCCAGGAGACCCUCUCUGAGGAGGCUAUUCCAACUGCUGUGGAGGUGGAAGGUCCAGCCCCUGAAGCUCUGCAAGCCCCCGUGGAACAUUUGGUCGCUGAAGAUACCACCGCAUCUGAGGCUGCUCCAGCCGAUACACCUAUCCCAGCUUUUGAGGAUACGUCGCUGGCCAAGGAGUCACCCAUGGAUGAAAAGAGCUCAGUCGACAAAAACUCAGACGACGGAGUGACCUCAGGCACCGAGCCAGUCUUGGUCGAGGAGGAAACGCCUGUCUCGCAGCACUUGCCCAAUGACAAAGACGACGGCAACACAGUCUCUGAGAUACAAGAAUUACAGCACGGCUCAGAGAUUGAGAACGCCCUCGAGUUGACUACUGCCAACGUCAAAGUGGCGGCAACUACAGAACAAGUGGCCCCAGAGAUUCAGGCGGAAACAAGCUGUACAGCUAUGCGGGAGCAAGACCCUGCGGUUGACAAACGCGCCAUUGGGGAUGUCACUGCCGAGCCGCCUGUGCUUAACAUCCCGGAUAAAUCACCACUACGUCAAUUGUCGGUCAACGCGCUCGCCCACCCGGCUGUAGAUACCAGCCCAACCGAUCCAGCACCUUCUCCUCCAGACACCCAUCUCGAAGAUCCCAGAGAUGGGUCGGUGCAACAAGUCAAUCCAGAGUUGGGGAGAGUUGGUGCCGAGGCUCACGAUGUGACCAAUGCACUGCCAGACGCCACCUCGAGGGAGCAGCAAGCUGCCGAAGUUCCGGCGCAGACUUCUAUGAAAGAAAGGGCGCUCGCACAGCCAACAAAUAUGAGCCCUCUACAGACAACAACCCAAGAAGCCGUCCCUGAAUCCUCUGUGGCGGUAGACGGGGCUGGUCUCCCUCGACAGAUUUCACCUGUUGAUGAUGAACACCCGCAAACCUCUCCGACUGUUGAGCUUGUGCGACCACAACUCAGUAAGGAGCUGCUAAGGGCACCAACCCCGGCCGUCGUCAUGCCCGACCUGGAAGACAAGGCUGCCAAACAGCUGGGCCGGGCCAAGAGCCUCAGGCGGCAGCGCAAGAAGUCUAUUGCGCGUGCCGAAGAGCUGGUCGCUGCUGCGGUCGUCAUCUACGCAGCUGCGGAGGCACUCAGCCCUGCAGCAAGCCCUCCUCUGGGAAGCACUCGCCUCCAUAGUGAUGUGUUGGAAGAUGCCUUGCUUACACUGGAUGUGGAGCCUCCGGCCGGGCCGGGGGCGGGGGCGACGGAGGGCCGCAGGGAUCUGGGCGAGGAAGAGAGAGCACUUCGAAACUCGGUUGCUGACCUCUUCAUAGACGACAAAUCGCGUCGGAGCUCGCGUUCGGACGACCACAAGUCCUCUCGCAGCGGACACCGCUCGUCCUACCACUCCUCCCACCGGUCAAGCCGCGACCGAGAGGGCGGCAAAGACAGCAGCGCUCGGGACGCGGACAAGCAUCGGCAUCGGCACCACCAUCACUCGCACAGGCACCGGGCAGAUAGCGAGCACUCGGCUCGGUCAGGGUCUGAACAUUCUGCCCCGCAAACCCCCAAACGGCAGGACAGCGGGUUCUCAGCUCACAGUACACGUGCCAGCGACUCACCCAAGAAGGUCCGGACUCCCGAGGAGCAAGAGGCGCACGACAGGCGCAAGGCCGAGCGGCGGGCUCGGGAGAAGGAGAAGGAAUCGGAGCGCGAAAGGGAGCGGGAGCGGGACAGGACCAGGGAGCGAGAGCGAGAGCGAGACCGCGACCGGGAGCGUGACCCCAAUCGGGACCGAGAACGCGAACAUCGGCGCGAGCGAGACCGCGGGACGUCGACGCGCGACUCAUCGACCAAGGAACCCGACACGCCGUCGAGCGACAAGCACCGGGAGCGGCGGGCGUCGAGGCGCCACAGCCACAGCCACGGCUCGCGGUCGGAGCGGCCGACGACGGCGACCAAGGACGCCUCGCCGGCGCCGAGCAAGAAGUUCUUCGACAUGAAGAACGGGGAGAGCGUGCUGCAGGCCAACUUUGCACUACGAGACGGUAACACCCCUACCACUGCUGCUGCUGCAGCUGCGGCCCCAACAACGUCAUCGGCGGCAGCGGCGACUAAAGACGCGCCCGUAGUAGCUGCCGCCGCCGCGCCAACAACAAGAGCCUCUUCUGACAAGCCUGAACCACUGAAGCGAUCAAGCACCACCCGCUCACGAUUUGGAUCGAGCAGAAGGUCCGAGGACGCCGGCGGCGGGAGGGCCUCGAGGACGAGGCUGCACAAGGAGAAGGCGGGGAAGGAGGACGGGGAAGCCACGGCAGCUGGUGGGACGGAGGAGGACCGGAAGCGGGAGCGGAGGAGGAGCCGGAGCGCGCGCGAGGACGGAGCUGCGAGCGGCGGUGGUGCUACUCUGUCGUCGAGCAACGAGGCUGAGGAGCGGGAGCGGGCGGAGCGGCACCGGCGGGACCGCAAGGAGAAGCGGGAGCGGGAGAGGGCCAAGACCGGGAGCGGCGGCGGCGACCUCAAGGAUGACAAGAAGGGGCUGCGGGCGGCGUUUAAGCGGUUCUUUACGUCGUGA